AUGGCGUUGUUGGGCGACACAAAUGAAGUCCAAGACGAAAAUUUGCUGGCAGCUUCAGUUAUCCUUCGAUUUUAUGAAGAGUUAGAUGUGCCACUGGUUGGAGUUGACGAUGAGACAUACCUUAAAGGAACUCUCUUCUUCCUAGCCGCUCAAGCCAAAGAGGCAGUGAAAGAGCGCGGUCUUCGCAACGCUGCCUUCUGGGUUGGAAUACGCCAAAAGGUACAUACUGCAUUGAUUACCCAGCUACCUAUCAAGCUUGAUUUUAGCUGUCUCACUGGAUCGAUUUAUAAGACAGUGGAAUCUACGGAUGACUCUACAUGGGCCAACCGUAUUGUUCUCCAUUGUGCUGAGAUUCUUUCGUUUUGCUAUGGAGAUGAAGACCAUAGCCUACAUCAUUACAUUGAGCUUCUCGAGUUCAGUGAAGAUUGGUAUCGUUUGAUUGCGAUCCAACAUUGGCACCUUGCCCGGAUUCUCCUAGCAGCAUUUGAUCCAAGAGUUCCCCGCAUGGGACCCAAUCAAAAGAAAGCAGCUGCUACGAUAGAGGCUGAAAUAAAACAUCAUGUCUUCAAUUUAUGUGGCAUCGGAUUCUCGAACAAAACAGCACCAGGGCCGAUCACGGCAUGCAUGGGUGUCUCAAUGUGCGGAGAUAGAGUCACAGAUAGAUUUGAGCAGGCAGCUUUACUUGAUGUAUUGAUCAAAACGGAGGAACUUCAGGCGUUGUCCACUCAAAAGGCACAGUACCAACUUCGGGAGGCGUGGAACUAUCAGGAGACGGCGCAUCCUCAUCAAUAG